AUGGAACAACGGGAUCGAAAAAUAAAAGAGCAAGAAGACAUAAUAAACAGUAUCAAGCAUGAAAUGAUUCAAAUCAAUAACAGAAAUAAAGAUCUUGAACACACAUUGAAGAAAGAUAAUGUGCAGUUACUCCAAAAGAGUACUCAGCUGAAUCAGAAAAUCCAAACAGAGAGUGAAAUGAGUCGAACUAUCACUUCACUAAAGAGGAAAACGCAGUGUCUUUCACAAGAACUGUUAGACAGCAUCAAGGAAAAAGAUCGGCAACAACACGCUUUAAAUCAAUUGCAUGAUAAAGAAGCUGAAUUGAAAAGAACGAUCAUUUCGCUAAAUACGAGCAUUCAGCAUCUUGAGAAAGAGGUAGAUGAUCGUGAUAUGCUGGACAAUAAGAUUGAGAUACCAAACGCAAAUGAACUAGAACUAAACACUCAAUUAAAAGAAAGAGAUGACCAGUUAUCUGAAUUGAGCAUCCAGCUUCAACAUACUUUAGAACAAAUGCAGGAAACGGAGACCGCCUUUGAUGCAAGAGUCACUUCACAACGAAAGAAAAUGCAACAUUUGAAAGUGAGUUGGAGCAAUGUAUUCUAA